AUGGCGAGGAGCUUUGCCUUUUCUAAUACGUCGAUACCCAUACGGAUCAGUACUGCGAGCGUAGCUGGCACUUCCGAUACGCGCACGAUCAUUCCUGUCAUCACAUCAUCGGACCUGUCGUCUCUGAGCUCUUCGGUGGAAUAUCCGUCAUCCACAUCGAUAAUGCUCGCCUCCUUGACAGAUCAGACAACUGACUCGCACCUGUCUAUUCCCUCCUCAUCCUCUCAGUUCUCGCCUUCAAGUACGGCUGCCAAGUCCUCGUUUGCUUCGUCACGGUCGAUAGCACUUGUUACUUCCACAAGUCCACCCGCGAGCCUUCUCUCCCGCCCACCUUCUGCAUCUCCUGGCAACUCUACACGCUUGUCUACGAGGCCAGCUCUAUCAAGCUCGCUUCCGUCUUCUAGUGCCGUCGAAAGGCAGUCACCAAGCAUUCUUUCAUCCCCGUCCCCAUCGGCUUCGGCCCUGAAGGCCUCGGCCCAUCGGGCUGCUGCUUCAUUUUCGUUGAGAAUCACAACUGGUGCUGCAUCGGAUCUGAUCCUCAUGACGGUGUCUCCCACGCGUUCAGUCCCGUCUCUCAGGACCCAAUCAGCAGCUGCGACUCCCAGUGGCCAACAAGAUAGCAGCACAUCUCUUCCUCCAACUUCAUCCAGCAUCCGCACCUCUAUCCCUGCGAGUGCUACUCUAUUGCCUUCUCCUUUCACUGCCGUCAACCCGGCUCCCGGCAGUCUCACAUUUUCCGCCACGUCCUCCACGUACUCAAUCCCGCGCUUCACACUCAACAACACCAGAUCCAUUGCUCUACCGUCAUUUUCUACAUCUAGAGGUCUCGAGUCAGGGCCCGCCACAACCAUACUCAUUACGAUCGACCUCUCCUCAAUCACUGCGUCGAAGCCAAGUACUACUCCAUCGACCGCUCUCUCUUCGUCUCCAUCCUUCGUCUUUGUAUGGACACGUUCUUCCCUCCCAGCUUCGACAAUCUCUCACAUCCCCACCGUCAUCGCCACUCCCCCCGCCCCAACCUCUACCAUCUCUGCCGCUACAUUUGCCGCUAAUUUAGCGCAAGCGCAGGGCUACAACGUCUUAUUUUCGACCCUCAACUUCUCGUCCCCAUGUACAGACAGGCAGAUUGCAUGUAUCGGUGGGAGUGUGGGAACUUGCAACAACGAGGGUAGCUUUCAGAUCACGGACGUCUGUGAGAAAGGGGCGCGUUGUUUUGCCUUACCGAUGAACAGCACGAGUGGGGUGCUGGUUGGGUGUGCGGAUGUGGCCGCGGCCAGGAGUGUAUUGGGCUUGAGCUUGAGCCCGAGCAGCUCGAGUUUGGGCGAGACGAGGUCGGCAACGGGGCUGGAGUCGACCAGCUCUUUCGCUUCAGUGUCCAGCGUGCUCGAGUCAACGGCUCAAGUAUCACCGACUCUCACAUCAAGAACGCCAGACACAUGCUCCACGGUGGAAACGACGGCAGGUCCACCUCCACCAACCCAAUCAUUUGCCAGCCAGACGACGCCUCCCCUCGUUCAGCCAACUACAUCCCGAAGAUUCGCUUCGCAGACGACACUCCCUCUUGGCCAGCCUACACUGCUGACAUCGAAGUCGCCUCUUACCUCCGAGUCGGCUCCUUCGACCUCUACAUUUCCGUACGCACCAGAGCCUAGUGCAUCAACAACAGUAGUGGCUGACCCGGAACCGGUUCCUGCCCCUAUUUCCACGCCCACGCCCAACGGGCCCACCUCGGCCGAGCCCAUCAGCACCAUCUACACCACCAUCCAGCCAGAACAGUCCACCGUCACAAUCAUCCUCACCAAGCCCUUACCCUUACCUACCGCUCCCGCUCUGGCUCCUGCAUCUACCUCCACCUCGGCAUCAUCCAGGACUAGAGACAGCGGAUUCCUAACUAUCAUCCCUGUCCCUCCUCCUCCUCCUCCUCCUGCGCCGAAACCCGGUCCACCAUCGCUCGGUGCUGGCAGCCGAGGGGACGACGACGAUGGGGCGGGUAGUAGUUGUGAGGGGAAGAAGGAGAGGGUUACUGUUACGGAGACGGAGACUGUCACGGAGACUGUGACGGAGAAAGAGACGGUUACGGCCACUGCGACUGUCAUUAUCGCUAGCUAG